AUGGCCGAGACGACGACGAAACCGAGCCAAUCGACCUAUGUCGGAACGAGCAAGGUCGUCCAGACGCAGUAUCCGCUCAUCGACAAUGACCCCCAUUUCAAGCGCGUCGUUGGAUAUGCUCGGACGUCGGACUACGUGGCCGGCGCGACCGCCGCCGCUUUUGCCCCGGCUGCGCUGCUCGCCCUCGAGAAGUUUGCGCCCUCUCAUGUCGGAAGAGGAGGCUUCGCCAAGGCGAUGAGGUUAGCCGGCUUCGUCGGUCUCGCCGGUGGCUUCCUCUACUUCUACCAGCGCUCCAGCUUGCGCUUCUAUGGCGCGACCGAGAACGAGCGCGAGGUGCGGAUGGACAUGCGCGAGAUGGUCGAUAGGGUCAAGGCCGGGCAGCCGCUGUACGGCGAGAGCAAGCUGAGCCCAUACCUUCAAGGCGUCGCGGCCCGACAGAGCAGGUACUCGGCACUUUUGCUGAGCACGGUGCCGUGGUUCAACUUUGUCAAUCACGACCAGCACGGUGUGGACACGGCAAAGUAUUACCAGCAGGCCGAGAGGGAGCUGGAGGCGGAGCGGGCGGCCAAAGGUGCAUGA